AUGGAUUACGUCGAAGUGGCAGGUGAGGACAUCUCACCGGAAGAGUGUACAGCAGAGGCCGGCUGGCUCGUGAGCCACCGACAACGGGGCACACGAGCCCUCAACAAGCUAGGCCUCACGGCGACGAGCACAGCCAAAAACGACGCAGGUGGCCGGACAGGAAACCGAAAACCACUUCAGAGACACAGGAAACAGCGUCAGCAACCAGCCCUCCCACGCGAGGACAUAAAAAUCAUUCUGCGGCCACGAGAGGGCCUCGAUGUUACCAAGGUGAGCUCCGCGAGGCUACGCGACGGCGUAUUUUGCGCCAUCGGUCUCAAAGAGCAGGAAGCCGAGGGAGACCUGCUACGGGUCAACCCGGAGAAAAACAUCAUCGUGACAAGCACACCAAGCAUGGAACGAGCUAAGAAAUAUAACUCCAUUUCAAAAAUCUGCAUCGCAGGCAAGACCUAUGAAGUCACCGCGUACGCGGCGCCGCCAGAGGAUACUGCUAAGGGGGUUAUACAUAAUAUCCCAGAUUAUGACACCGCGGAAGACAUUACGCGCAGCCUUGUCUACAACAAGAACCCUACCAUCCUUCAGGCACAAAGAAUGGGAAAAACCAACUCGGCGGUCAUCGUCUUUGAGGGCAACAAAGUGCCCUAUUAUGUAUAUUACCGUGGAGCGGAGUACCGGUGUUUCUUACAUAAAAAAAAGCACGAAGUGUGCUCCACCUGCGGAAAAGUGGGACACCGCAUGGACGUCUGCCCGACGCCCGAAGACAAAAUAUGCCGCUCUUGCGGUGCAAAGAAUCCACGAGAAGGGCAUAAAUGUGACCCCAAGUGUGCCCUGUGCUGUGGGGAUCAUCCCACUGGAGACAAAAACUGUAAUAACCGGUUCCAAACGCCGUACCUACUACGGAAGAGACAGCGAGAAAAAGAACGUCAGAAUGGCGCUGGUCAAUAUGGCGGGCACCGAAACGCAGAGUCGACGUCCGUUCUGGGUGACAGCGAGGGCGGCGGGAGAACGAAAGAAAGGGGGACGAGAGAUCGUUCGGGCUCCUUCCCACGUCUACCCCACCGCGGAUCAGGGAGCGACAACGACGCGGGACAGCGGCAGCAGCGCCGGUCAAGAUCUAAGUCAAGAUGCCGAAGCCCUAACACCCAAGGCCGACAUGAGUCAAGAUCGACAUCCCGAGGCGGCCGACACGAGACUCCGGGAGGAACCAAGCAGAACAAGGUGAGCUGGGCUAGCACGGUCUCCCACAGCUCGGCUCCGCAGAAUGCAAAGAAAAAGAUUAGCAACCAAACUAGCGCGCAACAGGCAGACAGGCAGCAACAGGGGGAACUCACCAAAAUCAAGCAAAUGCUAGAGAUGGUAGUCGCCGAGAAUACAAAGCUAAAAGCUGAAGUGGCAAAACUAAGAGGAAGCGAAAACGCCGACAAACUAGUCCCCGAAACGCAGGGUCCCUCGAAAUCGCAGGCCCCACCGCCAGACCAGGGCAAGGCAAACACACCACGACCCACACAGGUCCUGCUAGCUGAGGACUCGUUCAGUGACGAGAUGGAAAACUCGGAGCCCGAGUCUCCUCCCCCGAAGCGUAAGGCGAAAGACCCAACAAUAACAAACAUCCCAAGGCUCCCAAAGAGAGCAGAAAAAAGGGACGCAGAGACACUGCAGCAUUUCGGGGAGAAGCUGAGCGAAAUGCUCACCACAAAAUUCGAAGCCAUGCUGGCGAAAUUUGCCGAGAGCAUAGGCACGCAAAUCGCAGCACUUAACGCUAGGUGGAAUUGCCGCGGGUACCGCCGCAAAAGGGGGAACCUACAGCAAUUCAUAGACAAUAAAAUAGCAGGAGAGGCGCCAGACGUCAUUUGCCUGCAAGAAACGGGAGCUUUGGCUAAACUUUCGGGGUACAAACCGUACUACAGUGAGGAGGAACCGGCCUCGGACGAUAAACGUAUAACAGUAGCGACCCUCGUUAGACGUAAUCUGCCGGUUAUACGGCGCGAUACCGGCAUAACUACCGUGGACCACGUCCUCGUGGAGAUCAUCUCAAGCCAAAAAAGGGGCAUGGGAAGCCUAUUUGUAUUAAACGUAUACAGCAACCCACGCAAGCAACAUAGAUUCGCGAACCUGUUUCGCAAGACAUUAGACAUUGCAAAGCGUCAAACACUAGUGAUAGUAGGUGAUUUCAACGCACACCACCCAGCCUGGGGAUACAAGCGGGAAAUGAUCAAAGGACGGAAUCUCUGGCUGGAUGCCCAGCAGGAGAGGCUGUCUCUGGUCACCGACCCCGCGUACCCCACUAGGUUGGGAAACAGCGUAUGUGCGGACACCACGCCGGACCUAACAUUCACAAAGAAUGCUAAAAAGGAAGCCGAGUGGCUAAACACGCAGGAAAAUCUAGGAAGUGACCACUAUAUAGUGGCCACAAAACUAGAAGCGGGCCCCCACAAACCAAAAAAGGGCACGCAGCUUAAGAUCGUCGAGUGGGACGAGUUCAGGGAACUAAGAGCAGCCGAACGUUAUUCAUGCGAGGACAAAACAGGGACGCACGAGAUUGAGGACAUCGAGUCGUGGGUCGAACAGCUUCACACAUGCGUACAGAAAGCAACAAAGACCAUUCCGGAGGAAGCCGAACUAACACAAGCCGACGCUAAGCUUCUGCACAUGUGGGAAGCGAAGCAAGGCUUGCAGAAAAGGUUAAACAAACAAAAACUAAACCGCGCACUUCGUCGACGUCUAGCGAUCCUUAAUAAAACAAUAGAGGACUACGCAAACCAGCUGUCGCUCCAAAACUGGCACAGCACGUGCGACGGUAUGGAACUACAGAUGGGCCUUGCAAGAACCUGGAAUAUCCUUAGGUACUUAAUCGACCCAGAUAAAAGUAAGACCACGCAGAAACACAAUUUAAGUAAAAUUCUGCACACCUACCAGGGCACGAACGAUGACCUAAUCAAGGAAGUCCGCAACAGAUACAUCGGGACCAAUCCAAAAGAACAACUUAGAACAUACGCUGGAGCCUCGAAUGAGACUCUUGACCAACCGUUUACGACGGCGGAGGUGCGGGGAGCCAUACUAGGUCUCCGCACCAAAUCCGUUCCGGGUCCGGACGGGGUAACAAACACAAUGCUGAGGAAUCUAGAUGACGACUCCAUCGAGGCUCUCACCAAGUACAUGAACAAGUGCUGGAAGGACGGUAAAAUCCCCACACAAUGGAAGACCGCUAAGGUUAUCAUGAUACCGAAACCGGGCAAAAAGCUAAAUCUGGAGACCCUGCGGCCCAUCUCGCUCACCUCAUGCGUGGGGAAGCUGAUGGAGCACACAGUGUUAAACAGACUAAACAAGUAUAUGGAUGAGAAGGGACUCUUUCCCCAUACCAUGAUAGGUUUUCGGCCCAGGCUCUCGACUCAGGACGUGAUGCUGAGGCUCCAACAUCAAAUUAUAGAUGGGGAGGAAUGUUCCCCGCUAGACACCAGGGCCAUUGUGGGGCUCGACCUCACAAAGGCGUUUGAUAAUGUAAAACACGCAGCAAUUCUAGAGAACUUAGAACAGUUGGAGGUAGGUCAAAGGACCUACGACUACAUCAGGGAUUUUUUAUCUGACAGGACGGUCACCCUGACAGUAGGGGGGGUUGAGUCUGGCGAGCUGGAGUUGGGGAGCAGAGGCACGCCGCAAGGCUCUGUCCUCUCGCCUUUCCUCUUCAACGUCGCUAUGAUCGGCCUGCCCAGCCUCUUAGAGAAAAUACAUGGCCUAAAUCACAGCCUGUAUGCUGACGACGUCACACUCUGGGUGGCUGGCGGCAGCGACGGGCACGUGCAGGACACACUACAGCAGGCAAUAAACGCGGUGGAAGGGUACGUGGAACCGAAAGGCUUAAGCUGCUCCCCACAAAAAUCGGAGCUGCUCCUUUAUCGGCCAACCCGGAGAGGGCAGAAAAAGGAAGCAACCACCGAAAAACCACGAAUUCAUCUAUACGCUUGCGGGGGGCUGCCCAUCCCGGUAGUACACAGCAUUAGGGUCUUAGGCUUGAAAAUUCAGGAGAACGGCCACAACAUCGAGACAAUCCGAACACUCGAAAAAAGUGUGUGUCAAACCACCCGCCUCAUUUCGCGGAUAGCCAAUAGGCAUCACGGAAUGAAGGAGGGCAACUUAAUCAGGCUGGUCCAGGCAUUCGUCCUGAGUCGAGUAACCUAUGUCGCUCCCUUCCUUGACCUCAAGGCAGAUGAGCGCAACAAAAUCAACGCUUUAAUAAAAAGGGCUUACAAGCAGGCAAUUGGCAUACCAAUCACGACCUCCAACGAGCGCUUUGAAGCACUAGGAUUGCACAACACGCUAGACGAGCUUGUAGAAGCACAGAGGAUAGCGCAGAUGGAAAGGCUCACCAAGAGUCCGACUGGCAGACACAUCCUCCAGACGCUACAUAUCAACUACGAAGGAAGACUCGGGGAAAAACACGACAUUCCACCCGAUAUCAGGGUGCAUAUACAUAUCCCACCAUUACCAAGAAACAUGCACCCCGAACACAAUACGGAACGCAGGCAGGCCAGAGCACAAGCACUAGAUAAAAGGUUCGCACACCUCGAGGACGUGGUUUACGUGGAUGCCGCAGAUUACAGUAGUCGCGACGCCAUGGCCACAUCGGUAGUUGAUCGAGAGGGCAAGUUAAUUAAUUCUGGCACGGUCUUCACGACUUCAUCCGAGGUUGGGGAGGAAGCAGCCAUUGCACUGGCAAUGACCUCGUCCUCCCAGAUCAAAUUCAUAGUAAGCGACUCCAAGCCGGCAAUUUUAAAUUACACGAGGGGACGCAUAUCGUCCGAGGCACUCAAAAUUCUACGGACCGGUUUCCACGGAGAUCGAGUUAGGGGAGUUCACAUCGUGUGGGCGCCAGCUCACUCUGGCCUCCCGGGGAAUGAGAAGGCGCACGACGCGGCUCGAGGCUUAACCGACCGGGCCGACGUCACCAACAUCUUUGACGCACACUCGUUCCGCCGGUCGGACAGAGACAGGCUGGUUGCCUAUCGGGACGUGAUGAACCACUACAGGCUGGGAAGGGCUAAAUACCCCGCAGCAGACAGGACUCUGUCCAAAUGGCAGGCAGUGGCGUGGCGCCGUCUUCAAACUAAUACAUUUCCAAACCCCGUGGCGUACAGUCACUGCUAUCCGGGGCUUUACUCCAGCGCAUGUAAGCAUUGCGGGGACAGGGCCGACCUGCAACAUAUGGUCUGGGCCUGCCCCUUUAAAAAACAUAGAAACAACAGAAAUAGAACUCAAACUUUAAUGCUAAACAUUAGAACCUCCGAGCAGUGGGAGACCGUGCUGCUCAGCUCGGACCCGGGUGAACAGGUCCGUCUGGUCCAGAUGGCCGAGGCCGCCGCCAAGGAACAAGAACUCCUGGCCGCCGACUGAGGGGGGAGAGGGGGAGGCUCUCUCAGCACUCCCCCUUCCCUGACCCCAUC